AUGAAUAUGCUCUUUUUGGCAGUUAUUUACAAGGAUAUUGAUCCAAGCUGCUAUUCAGCCGAUGGUAAAAACCUUACUAGUGUUAACGAUACUUCUUCAUAUCUUAGAAUUUCAGCAAAAUGUGAAAUAGUAGAAUAUAGUUGUUUCUAUGGACUAAAGUCGUUAAUUUCAUUUACUUUUGAAGAAAAACCUAAUUUAACAUUAAUUGGUCCAAAUGGUUUUGGUUUUUGCGAUCACCUUACAAAAAUUGAUUUAUCUUUUUGUCAUAAAUUGAAAAUCAUAUCAGCAUAUGCGUUUUAUUUUUGUGAUGCAGUUGAAGAGAUUCUUUUACCAGAAGGACUUUUAGAAAUUCAUGGAAUUGCUUUUGGAUUUAUUGAUAAAGUAAAGUGUAUAACAAUUCCAGCUUCUGUGAAAAUAAUUCAAGAUUCUGCAUUUAGUGAAUUCACUAGUCUUCAAAGUAUUACAUUCGCAGAAGGUUCAGAAUUAACUUAUUUAGAUAACAUUUUUAGCGGUUCUUUUUUAAUAACUUCAUUUGAAAUUCCGGAAAAUGUUGCAAAAGUCAACGGAAAUGUUUUCUUUGGUACAGCGGUUAAAAAUAUUUCAAUUCAUCAUAAAAACAAAUAUUUAAUUCUCGUGGAUGAUACUAUUUAUUCUUCAAACAAAAGUAUUUUAUUUUGCUCAUUUAAAUAUUCAUCUGGAGAAUAUGAAAUUCCAAAUGAUGUUAUAACUUUAGGAGAAAGAUGUUUUUAUGGGUUAACCCUGAAUAAUAUAAUAAUCCCAGAAAACGUGAAAAGAAUCGAAGAAUAUGCUUUUGCACUUUGUUACGAUUUAAAUUCUGUAACAAUUAAAGGAAUUUUAGAAUAUAUUGGCGAUAAAAUUUUUUAUGAUUGCUUUAAUAUGGAAACUAUUUAUUUCCCAUUUUCAACAAUGAUAGUUAAUGCUGAAUUGUUUUGUCCAUUGCAUUCUUCAAAUUUACGAAUGAUAUUUACUAACAAAACAUUAUUUUCUAAUGAUGCAAUUGGAAAAGAAACGAAAGUUUCAAUAUCAUAUCUGGAUGAAUCAGAUCUUUUUAUUUUUAAAAAUUCAUUGAUUAUGAAUUCAAUUCAAACAUUGGUUUAUGAAUUUUGGGGAUACAAUUACACAACAAUUACUAUUCCUAACUCAGUAACAACAAUAAAAGAAAGAGCUUUUGAAAGCUCUUCACUUAAUAAUAUACAUGUUGAAAAGGAUUCUAGUCUAUCUGUAAUAGAGAAUCUUGCCUUCAACAAUUGUUCAAAUUUAGAAUCCUUUGAUUUAACAAAUUUGCCCUUAAGUUCCAUUGGAUUUUCUGCAUUCAAAGGAUGUUCGAAAUUGACUCAUAUCAGAUUUUGGUUAUCUAAAUUGAUUUUAAUGGAUAAUGCAUUUGAAAAUUGUAUAAGUUUAAAGAGUGUUAGUAAUAUAUUUAAUAUUCCUGAAAGAUGUUUUGCUGGAUGCAUUAAUUUGAGGGAAAUUUCUUUUUGUGAAAAUACAGAGAUCAUUGGAAUUCGAGCAUUUGAAAAUUGCUAUUCCUUAGAAACAAUAACAAUUCCAGCAUCGGUUCAAAUAAUAUCAGAGUAUUCAUUCCUUAAUUGUAGAAAACUUAAAUCAAUCACAUUCAGUUCAAUAAAUAGUUUGUCUUUUAUUGCAGUCAACUCUAUCUCUGUUUGUGAUUCUCUUACAAAUAUAAGUAACUUUGAAUCAGAUAAAUACAAAUCAAUUGAUAAUACACUUUACAGAAAGAAUGAAUCAGGAGAAUAUCUAAUUUAUCAUUUGAGUAAUUCUAUUAAUGAUAUGCUUACUGUCAAUUGUGAUACUAUUUGUAGUUAUUCGUUUAAUCACAGCAACAACAUUCAGAAAAUUAAAAUAGUUAGUGUUUAUUUGAUUGAAGAAUUUUCAUUCAAUAAUUGCAUCAACCUUAAAUAUAUAAAUUUCCCUCUUUCAGUUCAAACAGUUCAACCUAUCGCAUUCAAUGAAUGCAGAUCCAUUAAAUGUCCACUUAUUAUUGAAAAUCAAUCAAGCACUUACAUUAAAAUGCUUGUUGAUUCUGGUAUUCCUCAAUCAAUAAUUACUUCAUGUAAAAAUUCUCGUAGUCCUAAUAUAGAUAAACUACUUUUAGAUAAUUUCAGGAAAGCCAGAAGACAUUAA